AUGACAAGUCGCGCCGCUCUAGCGGUCCCAGCAUACGCCACGGCUGUCGGCGUCGCGUGCGUUUCUCUCAUUAAAAAUAGUACUAAAGCCGCUUAUAUUGGCACGAAUAAAGCGUGCGUAUACGAGGCGUCGCGAAAGCAGACCGGUAGUAUAGCGGCGGUUAGACUCGUCCGCGAGGAACGGAGAGAAUCAAAGCGAUUGAUUGCGGCGGCAGCAGCCGACGGAGCCGCAGCUUCUGCGGAUGUGACUGAAGCGGAUGUGAGUGAAGCGGAUGCUGCAGCGGUGGAGGCGGCGGCGUGGGAGAUUCUGGACGACUUCAACCGACGCGACGUGCGCGGCGAGCCGCAGGUGUCCCUGGCAACCCCAGGGGGCGUUGCCGCCCUCAAGGCCUCUCUGCUGCUAGCUGCCGAAGCCGCACUACGGGACGAAUCCGCCCGCCCGCUGCUCGGCAUCUGCUGCGGCAGUGUGGAGGAGGGCUUUGCUGCCCUCCGCCAGUACCUGCUCGCCCUUGGCUGUGCUGACCCUGCUCUUAUGGAUCAACCUGGGGGGCUGCUGGUUUCAUGGCAGGCAAAGCACGGCAAGGAGGUGGUGGGGCCAGCUUACAUCAAGUUUAAUAGUAACUCUAAGACGUGCCAAGUGUCGCCAUACCAGACAGGGACGUUCCGAGGAGUGAUUGUUCAGCUCGGUCGCAGGCAAGUGGGCCACCUCCCACUCUCCCUCUUCCCGUAG